AUGUUCGGGGUCGAUUGGAUGGGUCUGGCCCUUCCGCUGGCCUACCUGCUCGUCCUCAGCGGCGCCCUCAUGUCCUUUUCCACAAUCUACCGCAAGCGGAAAGCCGCCGAAAGCGCAAACCUCGCCCCUUGGUUCGGCCCCAACCUCCAGCGCAACGUCUACCUGUCGCUGCUGCACCUGGGCCCCGAGGACGGCGGCGGCGACAAGCCGUCGCCCCGCGUCCCCGACAGCGUCCUGCGCGCCGCCCUGCUGCGCCGCGCCGUCCAGGACAUUGAGCGCCUCAUCCAGAUCAAGUCGGCCAAGCAGGCCUGCAGCACCCUGCUGCUGCGCGGCAGCGUCGGCGACGACCUGUGGCAGCGCUUCCAGCGCGCCGAGAAGGAGAUGGAGGAGGAGCUGCGGGAUGUCGUGACCGAGGCCAACGCCCUCGCUCCCAACUGGGGCCCAACCAUCUUCCAAUCCGCCCACGAAAUCGCCGCAAACGCCCGCCUCCGCCAGCGCCUCGACGAGAUCCAGUCGCAGACCGAGUCCGAGAAGCAGUGGUGGGAGAAGCGCCGCGGCCAGAUCCAGAGCGACUUCAUGAAGGAGCUCGACGACUCGGAAAAGAGCUCCACAAAGGCAACGAGCGAGGACGACGGCGUCCUCAUCGACACCCCUGGCAGAAGCGGCAAGAAGGGCAAGAAAUAA